AUGCACGUUGUCGGGCUAAAUAUUAAUUUUAUAUUUGUCUUCUUAAUUGUUUUAACCAUAAGUUCUUCUCUCAGUGAAGAAAUUGACCCGUUCACCAAUGAAUCGGACGCAGUUACUGAAAUUGCAAAGCACAUUGAAGACAUUGAGAAAUUAUCAAAAGCCGCUGCAAAAGCAAAUGAUGGUGUCCAAAUACCAAUUCAAGACACGAAUAUAAUUUACGAGGGAAUAAUUCAAGUUAUACAGACUAUCAUAGAAUCGUUUAAAGAUAAAAUAUACGCGAACGAAUUCCUAAAAUCGAGAGGCAUCGAAAGGGUAAUCGUACCAAAUCUAAUGAUGCCUCAUUCAGAACUGAAGACUAGUAUACUUGUAUUAGUUAAAAUACUCUUUGAAGUCACUCCUACUGCUACCAAAGCUGCCGUUCCAAUAGCUUUAGUCGAUCGACUAUUAGAUAUUUUUGAGAAUGACGAGAAUUUAGCAUUGAAAGCGCACUCUGUAGACAUUUUGGCAUUGUGGCUUCCGAAAAAUCCACUGUUACAGGCCAGGGUCAUGAAGCUGAAAGGUUUGGAGCCAUUUUACAAUCAAAUAACAAAACUGAAUGGCUCAAUCGUCAAAACAUUACUAGAGUUGUUUAAUGUAAUAUUAAAAGAACAUAUCCGUGCUAGGGAUGGGAAAAUACAGAAGGGUAAAAACGAUAAAUCGAGAUUGUAUCAGAGAAUUGGCCUAAUCGAAAGAAUGUCAACGCCACCUGUGUGUAUUGGAUUGGUUCAUGCUAUAGAUAUUAUUUGGAACUACAAUAUCAAAGAUGAUAACAAUAGUAUAUUGAAUUUGUUACUAGAGCUGACGAAUAAUUUGAGACAGUUUUGUUUGAAGGUUCUGAGAGGGAAAACUAAAGCUAUUGAAAUAUACGACUUGUUAUUUAAGUUUGUAACUGAUCCUGGUAAUGAAGACUUGUUCUUGAAGAGUGAUAUCAACGUGACUGCGACUAGAGUGGUCUUGGGAGGUUUUUUGAAGGACUUGAAAAUACGAGAUGAACUUUAA